GUAAAUGACUGACUGAUCGGUGCGACAAUGACGUUGAUCAGUGCUGGAAACGGGAGAGUCAUGAUUGUGCUGGCGGUGUGGUUGCUCCUUCUUCUUCGGGCUCAUCGGGUGGCAGGCUCCGAUCAUUUGGCCCUGUUGUCAGGCACCCUGAAGACCUAUCAACGCGCGGCUUGCGACGAAGAAACGAUGACGUUGAAAUGCCCGCCCGGUACAACCAUCCUUGUCGAACACGCUCAAUAUGGAAGAACGGGAAUGUACGGCAUCAGCAAAUGCAACUCGUCCGUUCCUCCGAUGAUCGCUGGGGACAAACCGACGAAUCACACAUGCGUCUGGCCGCAAUCAGUGCAGCACUCACUGUUGCAGAUGGUGGUUGGAGUCUGUCAGAAAAAGCGGCAGUGCAAAUUCAACACUAACCCGAAGACCUUCCAAGGUGAUCCCUGCCCCGGAUUACGGAAGUACAUCGAAGUCGCCUACAAAUGCCGUCCUUAUGAGUUCAGGAGUAAGGUGGCUUGCGAGAACGAAGUCAUCAAUCUCGUUUGUCAUCCCGGUCAGAGGGUGGCGAUUUUCAGCGCGUCCUUCGGCAGAACGCAAUACGAGUCUCUGCAAUGUCCGCAGCCGCUGGGCGUGCAAGAAGAAACUUGCAUGAUGGACUUUGCAACGGAAACCGUAAUGCAAUUAUGCCACGGUAAACGACGAUGCUCGGUGGUGGCUAACAGCACAACGUUUGGUAGACCAGACCCUUGCAGCCCAGACAGCAAAACGUAUCUCAAAGUCGUGUACACCUGCGUUCCGAGAUCGGUGCUACGGGAGCAAUUCGAGGGCGAGGUCGAGGCGGACGAGUUGGCGCUGAUGCACGAGUUCGAGGAAGGAUUCGACAGGGCGGACUUCAGGGCCGAAUUCAGCCCCAGUCCAAACCUCGAAGGACCGCAGCCGCCACCGCGGGACAAUGUCUCGAGAAAUUUUCCGACCGUCAGCUCAUCCCCACCUCGCGCACGGACCAACAACGACGUGGACGCGCGGUUGAACAUGUUAAAGUCGCUCGGUAUCGGAGCGAAAGAUUUAUCCUUACCGCCUUUACCGCCCACGGUUAUCCAGGCGAGCGCAAUGGCGAGCGACAGCCGGGCUGGUAAUGCCGUAUCCACGAGCGCCAGCGCAUCCGGAAAUUGCACUACCGUCGUCUACGCAUUUCCGAAGGAGGAUCACGUAGUGCUGGGAUACCUGAAUGAGUGGAUCAAUGCCUACUCCUUCAUAACGAACAACCAAGAAAAGUUCUACCUCUACAUUAUUGUAUCGGUCAGCGCCGGUAUACUGCUCUUUCUGGGGUUGGUUAUCGGCCGUCUAUUAAUCAGCCGGCAUCGCGCCAAGAGGGAUGCAAAGUUCCACGCGAAUAACGAGACCCUCCCGAAUGGAUUCACCGACGACAUUUCCGAGAUCGAUGCCGACAUCGAUCUCACCACCCCGGUCGCAGUGCCAAUGCAAGACGCAAGAUUGCCCGAAACUCAGUUGGCCGAGAGGCUCCAUGGCGAACGUUAUUACGGCGACACGAGGAUACCUUUGUCGCCGACAAGCAUCCACGCCACGUCGGUACCUCACCCAACCAACACGGGGAUGCGCGUUGAUCUCGGGAACCACAUGGUCGGCACGGAUAAUCUCCACACGAUUCUCCGCACGGAAAAUCCCCGGAACCUCAACAGCAAAAGCUACUACUAUGGCUGACAGGAGGAAGGGGUUGUCCCGCGCGAGGGACGACCCCCGUCCUUGAGCCCGGUACCGGAAGUUAGCACGCGAAAAUAUUGCUUUUAAUUGUGAAAACGGGAACUCGGAUACGGCAGAGGCGGGCGCGCCGCACUAAGCCGCUGUAAAUUACGUUGAAGACGUUAAACAAAUUACCAUUUGUUGCGCCGAAUUAUGGUACAUAUUGUGACAGUGCGAUCUCAGAUUUGUCAGUCGUCGGACGCCGAACGGUGAGCGUCCGUCGAUGUUCGUUAAAACAGACUGGGCUUGUAUAUCUGUAAACGUGUCGUCCAUUUCGAGGGUUUGCGAAAAUUCUCGAUUAGAAAUGUAUGAUCUAUCGUCAUACAAAGUAAGGGUGGGAAGGGGAAGUAAAUGAAAUAUAUAGUUAGCACAUAUAUUGUCUUGUUGCGAUAUUACAACGAGAACGAUGAUGAUCGAUUUGUAAAUGUGUAUAAGAAGACUCGAGUGGUUUCUUCGAAUAGGACUGAAAGUAGCUUUAAGAACCACCGCAAGCAUUUUACAUCUGAACUGUGCGUUCAAGCGCCCUGCAGUUACAGAAAGAACAAAAUGCAAUCAGACACACGUGACAGUGUUCACCGAAUGUUGUCGCUUUUCCGAAUCAUAAAAUGGUAUUGAGAAAGUAAACGUAUAUUGCGAAAUAAUAUUUAUUUCUUGAAUUAUAUUAAACUAUAAAAUUGAUGGAUUGUGUUUCGUUGUUUAAUAGGUAGACAUAUCUUAUGGAAACUGUGUUAUCGACCUUGUCGACUCACGAUCGAUUUACUCGUUGUAUACCUUAUACUCACCGUAUACUCAACUGUAUACCCACGGAAGAAACUCACGGAGCGAGUUCCAUGGAGCAUAUCGAUAACCUGCCGGUAACAUUUCGCCGAUAACAGACUUCUGGAAUACUUCUUAUUCGCAACUGGUUCGUAGCGACCUGCGCUAUAUCAGUGGAAAGAAAUCAACAGAUUUCCAACAUUUGUCUCGAGAAAGUCGACAAUGUGAAAAACAACUUGGAACAUUGAACUGUUUAUGAGCGAUGAUUUUGUAUAUAAUUUCCUCAGUAUCGAAAUCCAAGCAGGCCAAUUUCCGUGAAGUCUGUAAAGGCAACCGUGUUAGAAAAAUCCGUACCACCCGACGUUUCUUAAAAACCGAUCGCCGCUUGUGCGCCAGUUGAAAAUUAUUGACCACCGCUGAAGGGGGCAGCGGCCGUACGCGAUCACGCCCAUCAAAGAAACUCAAGAAAAAAAAUCUCUCAACGAACUUACAGCGGUUUUGUACAUCGAAGCUGCCACAGUCGCUGCCAUAGUCGAGACGAUUUUUAUAGAAAAUUGAUAUGUAUGUAUAUCACUCUGUAAAUAGAGACGUGUAAUGUACAGAUAAGUAAGCAAGAGAGAGAGAGAGAGAGAGAGAGAGAGAAAGAAAGAAGGGGAGGCACGGUACCGAGAUCUUAAAUCGGAAAACGGUCGGAGAUUGUAACUGGAGGGUUGUCCUUCUCGUGCCAUAGAAUCGAUUUUGCAAUUGUGCGGGAAAGCGGGAGAGCGCGCGUCUGUCGAGCCAGCGGAAACUCUCCCUCGCGGACGAUCGCAAGGAUUAGUACGUAAUAAACAGAGCUCGGAUUUUCCUUCCUUCCUAAGGCACAUAAAACGAGUGUGCGUUUUUUCGCCGGUGAUGCGCAAUCUUGUUUGUCACUUAUGCUCUCUCUCAGCUGGCUAUUGAUCGCUGUAAGAUUGUACAGGAGCAAUGACAGAGAGUCGCGCCGCUGUUCAGCGAAAUCAGAAUGUCACGAGAAAGUCGUAUCUAGAAGCAAUCUGACGAAGCGGAACUGAUUGAAUUGUCUAAUUCCGAAUUUAAUUGCAUUUGGAGUCCGUCGGUUUAACGGAGCUUAAAAAUACGAGUGUAUUUUUUUUUUUAGAGAAAGCUUUAGCAGUCCUAUUUCUUUAGACAAAGCGUAAUUUUAUUUUUUUUUUUCUUAAAUGUGAGAAACUUUAAUUUUUACAUUUCUUACAAAAUUUUUUAUUUUUUUUUGUAAUUCCAUAUUUCUUAUAAUUUUCUAUUUCUCAGAAUAUUUUCUGAUUUUGAUUGAACACGAUAAUAUACCCCUACCUGUAUGAGAAAUGAAUCAAGAUUCCAUUUCGUAAGGAAAAAUUACGAUAGAUUGCGUAUCACACGGGACCACGCCAUUAUUAUUUGUAUGAGCCGUAUUAAUGUAAUUUCGCUCAACUGCCCGUAGUGUACGACAAAUCCGAGCUCGAGCAAGCCCGUUCGCGUUGCUUGUUUGUAUGUCGUUCGGUAAGUCGUAAUUCCCUGAGCUCCACACACAGAGAAUGUCGUUAUAACAAAUCGAUCUCACGAGCAUCCGGCGACGCGGAGUCGCAUUUUCGACACAUCAGCGAGGUCGUUAACGCAAUAACGCCCGCACCGAUCGUUAUAUCUUUAAGGGCUAGGUCAUCAGUUAGAUAAUAUGUCGAAGUCGUCUGAACAUCAAUGGAAUAAUUUGACACCACGACCUCGCGCGGGGUCGCGAUCAUCAGGGACAUAUAUCAUUCUCGCGGAUUGAUUUUUCGCCGAGACGAAAAAUAUGUGCGAAUCUAAAUAACUCGUGCGAGAAGAUACAUGUUUACUAGUACAUACACACUUACAUACUUACACAUUAAACAUAUUUUUUUAUGUAAACAUAAAUAUUUUUUUUUAUAUACACCUGUAUAGUCAUCUAUAUUUUCACACGAUAACUAACGACUAUUGAUACAGUCGAUAUUUUAUUUUCGCGUCUCUGAAAGAAAAAUUAAAGCUCUUUGCGAGAAGGAAGAUUCGUUGGAUCAAUCGACGCACGUGUUUCUUUUCUUCUGAUAUACAUUUUAGCAACAAUUUCACGAAAUUUCUUUUUAUUUAUUUAUCUAUUUUUUUUUUAAUCUUCUCAUUUCCUUGUAUGAAUGAAUAUGGCAAACGAAUCGAUUACUCCGGCAAGCGAUUAUCGGUCACUGAAAAAAUUAUUUUCUUCCACGAAACAGGAAUUAAUUUUAUGUUCGACGUUAUUUUCUAAUCUACAAAUUCUACAUUUUACAAUUAUUUGUUUUCAUUGUAAUCACAAGCCGCGGAUAUAAAAUUUAUAAUCAGAAUUA